CGGGGCUGCGGGGUGGCAAGAGGCCUGGACCGCGGGGAUCGAGGCGAGUGCGGAGCGUGGUGCCCAGAACUUGGUUCAGAGGGUUGAGAAGGAUCAGGCCGACCUGUUGAUCAGAAGAGUCUGGAGAUCUUAGAGGGGCCAGUUCAAGAAGGAAAACUUCUGCUCUGCUGUGAAACCGCUUGACAAGAGGUUGGAGGGCCCGAUGGCUGCAAAAUCUCAGCCCAAUGUUCCCAGAACCAAGAGUCCGGAUGGGGUCGCCAAGGAUGGGGCUGCUCCUCAUGGGCAGUGGGGCCGUGCCUGGGAGGUGGACUGGUUCUCCCUGGCGAGCAUCCUCUUCCUGCUGCUCUUUGCACCUUUCAUCGUGUACUACUUCAUCAUGGCGUGUGACCAGUACAGCUGCUCCCUGACCGCGCCCGUGGUGGACAUCGCCACCGGGCGUGCUCGUGUCUCAGACAUCUGGGCCAAGACGCCAUCUGUGACGAAGAAAGCAGCCCGGCUCUACACCCUGUGGGUCACGUUCCAGGUGCUUUUGUACGUGGUGCUUCCUGACUUCUGCCAUAAGUUUCUGCCGGGCUACGUAGGCGGCGUGCAAGAGGGUGCCGUGACCCCUGCAGGAGUUGUCAACAAGUACCAGGUCAACGGCCUGCAGGCGUGGGUCAUCACGCAUCUUCUCUGGUUUGCGAACUCACACCUCUUCUUCUGGUUCUCUCCCACCAUCAUCUUCGACAACUGGAUCCCGCUGCUGUGGUGCGCCAAUAUCCUCGGCUACGCCGUUUCCACCUUCGCCAUGGUCAAGGGUUACUUCUUUCCCACCAAUGCUGAAGACUGCAAAUUCACAGGCAAUUUCUUUUACAACUACAUGAUGGGCGUUGAGUUUAACCCGCGAAUUGGGAAGUGGUUUGACUUCAAGCUGUUCUUCAACGGACGCCCUGGGAUUGUUGCCUGGACGCUCAUCAACCUGUCCUUUGCAGCAAAGCAGCAGGAGCUCUACGGCCACGUGACCAACUCCAUGGUCCUGGUCAACGUCCUGCAGGCCAUCUACGUGCUGGACUUCUUCUGGAACGAAACCUGGUACCUGAAAACCAUUGACAUCUGCCACGACCACUUCGGGUGGUACUUGGGCUGGGGCGACUGCGUGUGGCUGCCGUACCUGUACACGCUGCAGGGCCUGUACCUGGUCUACCACCCCGUGCAGCUGUCCACCCCGCACGCCAUGGGCGUCCUGCUGCUGGGCCUGCUGGGUUACUACGUGUUCAGGAUGGCCAACCACCAGAAGGACCUGUUCCGCCGCACGGGCGGGCGCUGCCGGAUCUGGGGCAGGAAGCCCGAGGCCAUCGAGUGCUCCUACACGUCGGCCGACGGGCAGAAGCAUCGCAGCAAGCUGCUGGUGUCGGGCUUCUGGGGCCUGGCCCGCCACUUCAACUACACGGGCGACCUCAUGGGCAGCCUGGCCUACUGCCUGGCCUGUGGCGGGGGCCACCUCCUGCCCUACUUCUACGUCGUGUACAUGACCAUCCUGCUGACCCACCGUUGCCUCCGGGACGAACACCGCUGCGCCCUCAAGUACGGCCGCGACUGGGAGCGCUACACCACCGCCGUGCCCUACCGCCUGCUGCCUGGCAUCUUCUAGAGGGGUAGCCCGGGCUGCGAAGGGCGUUUGGAGCCGGGUCUGUUGGGGCUGACAUCCCUGCUCCACCCUCUGGGAGCCUCAGUUUCCUCGUCUGUAAAAAGAACCUGGCGUUUGGCAGGCUUCUUGUAAACGAGAGUGUGCUUCCUUUCCCCUUGUGGGUGUUUUUGUUUUGUUUUGUUUUGUUUUUUUGGUGAGGAAGAUUGGCCCUGAGCUAACAUCUGUUGCCAGUCCUCCUCGUUUUACUAGAGGAAGAUUGUCACUGAGCAAACGUCUGUGUCGA